GUCAAUGGUAGUAUAAUUGUUAGUGAAACAAUCAUUUAAAGCUAUUAGAACCCUAGCUCCUUUGCCUUGCAAAUAAUAAGUAAUAUACUCUUGAUAAGUUAUAUAGGCGCGGGUAACCUCCGUGAAGCACCGGAACUCCGCGCACUUUCCACCAAUUCAUAGCUCGGUUUUAUCUCUUGGGAUUGUUUCUUGUUCAGUUUGACAGGAAAUAGAAAAUGGUGCUGGAGAAGAAUAAGAAGAAAGAGGGGCCUGCUACAAACUCCUCUCAAUUGUCAAUCGUAGAGAAGAAGACCCCAAAACAUUUGAAGCUUAAAGCUAAAAAGCUGAAACAAUCUAACAAACAGAAACUGCUGAAGUCAAAAGAAGCAGAAUGUUCCACACAAAGUCAAAACCUGAAUAGAGAUAAGAACAAAAUCACUACCAGAGUGCAAAAUGAAACCAAUCACAAUAUAAGUGAAAAUGAGAAAGCGAAGAGUUCACUCAAGGGGAACAAAAAGAAUGGGAAUAUUAACCAUCAACAGAAAAAAGUUGAUGCUCCGAAUCCUGAGAGAAAAGUGAGUGGAUUGAUCUUCAUGUGCAAUGCAAAAACAAAAUCUGAUUGUUUCCAUUACAAAAUUAUGGGUGUCCCUUUUAAGCAAAAGGAGGGUGUGCUUAGUAUAAAGCCUGGUUUAAAGCUUUUCCUUUAUGAUUUUGAUCUCAAACUUUUGUAUGGAAUCUUUGAAGCUUCUUCUGCUGGGGGCAUGAAACUUGAGCCACCUGCAUUUGGUGGGGCUUUUCCAGCUCAGGUGCGCUUCAGGAUAUUUAAAGACUGUUUGCCUCUCCCUGAAAGUGUAUUCAAAAAUGCGAUUAAGGAUAAUUAUGAUGAGAGAACACAGAAAUUUAAGACGGAGCUAACGUCCAAACAAGUGAAAAGCCUUAAAUCGAUGUUUCGUCGUGUUCGGCAGCCUCAUUUUGAUAACCAUUCUGGUGUUCUGCAACCUAAAAUCUCUUCUGAUUCUCUUUUCGUCACUGAGAAGGAAUAUCGUAGCUAUGGCUUGCGACCACAAUUGCAUGGCACAAGGCAGGAUGCAGUUCCUUAUGCUCCUGUUCUCGUUCCUGAGUCUUACAGGACUGGUCCCGAGGUGCAGGGUUUUAAAAGUGCUGUACAAGAGCAUAUCAAACCUGCUCCAUUACAUGGGCAUUUUCCCUCAUUGCAGACUCAGGCAGGUAGUUCUGAGCCUAUGUUUUUGAGUGAAAACGAGUAUCGGAUGUAUGGUUUGCGAGGCCGAACUGAGCGUUCUCCAUUGGUACCAUCCUCCACAAAGCCACCUAACCAGUUAGAUCGUCACCGAGAGAAUCUAUACCAUUCUCAUAAUGAUCUUGUGACCACAUCCGGCCCGUUUUCAAGUUUAACAGCAGGGGCUGGUACAUAUGAGCCACAUUCUCAGUCAACAGUGAUCGAGGCAUAUCGUGCUGACUUGCGCUCUGCACGUUACUCAGCUGAUUACCAUUUACCUCGAAGGGUAAUUGAUGAAGGGUUGUAUGCAUAUGCUUCUCUUGAUUUAUCUGAACACAAGAGAAGUCAUACUAGUGGUCAAUUUGGAGUUGCACCCGCACCCACUCCCGCACCUGCACCUGCACCUGCACCUGCACCUGAACCUGCACCUGUUUCAUCUCGAUACUCAUUUGCUGGGGCACUAUAUUCCCUUAGGUGACAAUAGUUUGUAAUGCGGCCUAUCCUUCUGACAAGUAUAGUUUCAAACGCAAGCCGUUGUAAUUUCGUUUCGGGGAAUUGAUGAUGCAUGUGAAUAAUUUCAUUCCGUUCUAACUGGAAUAACAUUUGUGGGAAUGUGAAUUUGAAUGCUAGAGGCCGGUUAAUAUCAGAAAAUUAUCUCCAGAAGUUUUAAUGGCUGAUGUUGAGAUAAUCAAAUCUUUACUAUCUUAGUUGAGGUUGCGUGUCCAAGCCUUCAUGUUGCAAUGUAGUACAUGUGGAGUGGAAACAGAGAACACAACUGAUUGUCCGAAUAGGUGCUUUGAGAUUACCUAUGGAGUAUGGAGUAACUUAUCCCUAAUUUUUCCGGAUAUAGUAAAUUUACCGUAUUGUUGGUAUUAAAUUGUGCUAAUGAAAACAACUUAUAUAAUUUACAUGAAUGUAUUGUGUCGUUUCCAUCGUAAUCAUAAAGAAGUUUACCACCUAA